AUGCGCGGGAUCGCAAAGCAGCGAAAACCUUUACAAAAUGCGGCCGACCUCAACAAGCACAAAGAAGAGAAGAAAGGCGGUCUGAGGAUGGUCCGACAGAUCGGCCGAACGAAUCUGAUGGACCCCAACAAAGUUGUAUUAAUCGGAGUGUGAGACUUUGAGAAUAAAAAUUGCUUAUUCAGAUGCCCAAGCCUGGGCCCAAGACUUUGGCCGCGAUCGGGCGUGGAAAAUCUUCGAAGCUGCAACAGUCUUCUUUCCAAGUUUUCGUCGAUUCUUCUCCGGCGAGUCGUGAAUCCAAUUCCAUCAAUAUGAUACACGUGCUCGAGAAUUUCAUGGAAGCGAAGGAGAAGGCCAAGGUAAAAGCUCUGGAAAUCGGGUAUCGAUCGGAAAAAUUUCUUUUUUUGAAAUUCACUUCAUAUGGUCAUUUUCGAUGACUUUUGAUUCAUUUAAAAUCAUUUUUUAAAUCUAUGCACUCAAAAUCCAAAAAAGCCAUCAGAAAAAAAAGGUAAGCAAAUUUUGAAAAGUCAGGGAUAAUUUUGUAUUUUGCGGAAAUUACUUUGAAAUUGUUGAAACUUAUAUUCAGUCUUCAGAGAAGGUCCUCUGCUGAAUCAUGGAUUAAUUGGAGAUUUUUUCUCGGUUCGAGAAACUAUCGUUGAUCAAGCGUAGACUUGUUUUGAUCAAGAAAUAAUCUCUAAUAGACUCUUUUUUUUUAAUCCGACUCACGUAGACUCUAUUUAAACUUGAAAAAAAGAACUCAAAACUUAAUGUUUCAGGUCGAGGAGCCUGAAAAUAAAGAAAACGCGCAGCCGAACAAGGCUUUCGGAUGGAGAGCUCGUCACAAUACAGACGAUACCCCAUGUAAUAUUGAAUCGCCUCCUUCGAGCGUUCACGGUUUCAGACUUGAUGAGGUCCGAAAUCACAUGAAAAUAUUCUACCAAUCACAUUUUCCAGAAUGCCGAAACGGCUGCUCAGUCCGGAGCCACGGCGAUUCGAGCAGAGAUCGCCAAGAUUAAAAUGAAUGUUGAGGUGAUUUUUUAACACUUUGAAAAUAUCAGAAACUGUUGUUUAGAUGGAAGCUGAGGAAUCGACUGACAACAUGGUUUCUUCUCCGGACGCAGAAUUCAAAGAUGCUGAUAGAAACUCAGAGUGAGAAUAAAUAUCAAAAAAGAAAACGUAACUUCCACUUCCAGAUACGUGAAAGCUUUGGCUAUGCGCGACCAGGCGCAUGACGCCUUUUUCAACUCGGAUGAGUACUGUCAGGAUAUUUAUCGGUGGGUCUCGUAGAAAGUUCUAGGAAAAAUAUACUCAGUCGCUAUACUGUUCAGAUUUUGAAUGUCAAGUGCAAUGACGUCAUUCAAAAACACUCUGUGGAUGGCUCGCUCUCUGAUUGGUUUAUCGCGCCAUUAGGGGCGGAGCUUGAGCGGCGACUUGACAUUCAAAAUCUGAAAAGACUAUAUCUGCGCAAACGUCUAUUUUUUCAGAUAUUAAUUUUUAAAGUUUGACAUAGAAUAAGACCCCUUAAAGAGGUCAUUUUCGACUUGGAAUUUUAUACAAAUUUGCUCGAAUAAUCUCGGAAGGCUUACGUUAGGAUCCAUGAAAGUUGCAACCUGCGUCAGAUUCUAGUUUUGAAGAUAUUCAAUUUGGAAGGUCGGAAAGUUAGGCCUAAAACUCAUUUUUCGCAAAUACGAAAAUUCAUAUCUCAAGCACAUCUGUUCAGCCCGUCCGGUUUGGCACACUGUAUGUAAAAAUUAUGCAUACACCAAUAGCGAUUUUUAGGCGAUAUCAUCGUUAAUAACAAGUUUUUUGUACGAAAAAUGAACAGAUGUGAAGAAAAACUCAAUUAGAAUAGCCUUGUUCUUUAUAAUAAAUAGAAAAAAUAAUCGAAAAUUGUCUAGUAUGGCCCGCGGAGACGGCGCAGUGCAUACCGGACGGGUCCCUGUAGGUCUGAACUGGUGUGCAAGUUUGUAGAAAAUUCCAAACCGCGAAGUAAAAUGACCCCCCUUUUGAGGGGAAAAGAAACGAAGAAAAAACGGGACCCCCCGCGUAAGCCUGAUUAAAGAUAAGUCGUGAUACUUUUGAAGUUGAUCACACACAAAAAAAGUUUUGCAGUUAUAUGGUGAAGCGGCAGCAAGUGGUACGCCCCUCGUCGCGCUACAUGAAACGUCAACGAGAACUGACGGUGCAGAUGAGAGCGAUCCUCGUCGAUUGGUUCUGCGACGUCGGCGACGAAUUCACGUUGUCGCAGGAGACGAUCCACCUGACUGUCUCCAUCGUCGACCGCACCCUGUCCCUUUUCAUGGUCGAGAAAAGUAGCCUGCAGUUGGUCGGCACCGCGGCCCUCAUGAUCGCCUCGUACGUAGGAAAAGAAAUUUUUUCAAAAUUGCAAUACUUGACUCACUUCCAACAAACUUUGAACCUUGUAAAUUUAAUUUUACGCGGCGUAAAUGAGUUUCAAAAAGAAAACUUUCCUAUUUAUCCCUUCGUUCGACACUUCUAGGCUACAAAUUUUGCUUGCUUCUGUAAAAAGUUCAAGUUUUCCUACUUUAUAGUAGGCAGUUUUCGCGUGUCUGCGUCUCUCUGUUCCCUCGCCGGCGAGGUCAGAUAAACAAGAAAAUAGUAUGGGAACAUGAGAGAGACGUCGAGAGAUAUGGAGGGCGCAGAGAAAUCUUUUACAAGUCGCGCCGAAAGGACUGUAAACAAUGAAUUUACGCUACGUAAACUUUCAGGCGUGUGGCUUCUCAUUUCCUUGUAUUAUUUGUUAGUUGGAAAAAAAAACGUUUUUGAAGUACCCAAUAUUCAUUAAACCUUGCAACUUCCAGAAAAUACGAAGAGAUGUUCACAAUAGAUCCUAAGGACUUUGCUCACAUUACCGGUGGCGCUUUCACCCUUUCUCAGGUACCAGAAAAGAAUUACGAGAAAACACAGAUGAUCAACUUUCAGAUCCUCAUGAUGGAGCAAUAUCUGCUCAACCAGCUCGGCUUCGUCGUCGGAGCUCCAACUGUUUCUUGGUUCGGCACCAUGUUCGCCAAGCGUCAAGGGACUGACCGGUGCGGGAAAAUCUUUAAAAUUUAGAAAAAAAAAGUUCAAAAUCUGAUCAAAAGUUAUGCUCAGUUUUUCGUGGAAUCAAGCUAUUUCCUUUGUGAAAGAAUCUCAACCUCAAGAAAAUCAUCGAAAAAAGCUCCAUAGAAAUGUUCCUUUUUGCUGCCUUUUUGUGCCAUUUCAUCGGUUCCUAUGAACCAUUUUUGCUGCCUCUCCUUUUUUCAAAAAAAAAAAAGAAAUUUCGUUUGCCUCAAUGCGAGAGAAUCAUUCCGUUCGGGAUGGUUCUCUAAAUAUUCUUAGCAAUUUCAGAGUGGUCCUUUCAGGGGUUUGAGGAAAAACAGCCUUUAUAGGGGAUCAAAAAGUGGUCCAUAUAGGGGUAAAAACAAAGUGAUCUCUAUAGGGGUCUAGGGUCUCCCACUCUCAGCUCCUUAAGCUCAAGUGGUCUUUAUAGGGGUUAGGGGAAAACUAACAGAAACCCCUAAAGGGACCAAUAGCAUGUCUCCUAUAGGGAACACUAGGUUAAGAAGUACUUGAAGGACUACUUGAGUCUUUGAAAUACAUCGAAAGCUCGGUAAAGGGACUCUUUCUGCCUUUUUGGUGCCUUUCUGCGGCCUUUCUGCGAUCUUUCUACGGCCUUUUUUGAGCAUCUUCCUUCUAGUGGAAGUUAUCCAUUUGACCGAGAUUUUCGUAAUUUUGAAGUUGAUCUUGUUGAGAUGAUUUAGUUAUCAAAAGUUUUGAGCUCAACAAAAACUCAAAGUUUUGUUCGAAGUUAUUUUUUUUUCACAUCAAGUCGUAACUCAGUUUGAAUCGUCUUUUGGAAUCACGAAAAGUUUUUUUAUCUCUCAGUUUACAUUAAGAACUUCGAAAAAGGAGUCCAAGUUUAUUUAGCCGUACUCGCUUCGCCACGCAGUACCUGAUGGACUUGACACUUCUCGACUACUCUUUCCUCAAGUACAAGCCAUCCUUCAUCGCUGCCGCUUGCCUCUGCUACGCUAAUAUUCUCACGGGUUCGUUUAUACAUUAACUGAUUUAUUAUGAAAGUUUCAACUAAUAAAGUCAAUUAUUUCAGAUUCGGAACCGUGGUCGGCGAAAAUGGUUCGAGAUACGGGUCUCUCGAUACGAGCUUUCGCCGCGGUUCUACCUGAACUUCAUGUGUAAGUUUUUCCAGAACCCCGAAAUUCAGGGCUAGUUCAUUCAUAAAUGAAAGGCUAUUUUCAUUGGCCAGCCACGCCCAUUCUUGACACUGUUAUGAAAUUUGCAAGACUGAGAGUGUGCGCAAAAGUUUUCGAGUCCAUUUUUGAAACGAUGUCAAUUUUUUUGCUACUGAAGGGACCACUUCAAAGAAAUUAUCUUGAGACGUUGUCAUUUAAGGGAUGCUUCAAAAUUUUCGUAGAUCAAUAAAUCAAUAUCAUUAUUUAUUGGUUUUUUUUAGUCAGAUGAUCAAUUUUUCGCGGUGAACUGAUGUGUCCGCAUGUAGAAUGGCUAAAUACUCACAGCGUUUUUUCGACGACGCCACGCCCACUUUUUCUUCGUAAAGUUUCGUGUGUCGUGUGCAUGCACUGCGCCGCUCUCUUGUAGAAAACAUGCGUUUGUGUAGAGAAAAUCCGAUUCGCCUCAAAAACCUGUGGAAAUACAGCUGCAUGCGCCUUUAAUAUGCCCAGUUAUUUACGCAGUGCCGAAAUCUCUGAAGUUCCCAUGACGUCACCUGGGAAGGACCGAGGUUUUGACUCCGCCCACCUUAUUUUUUAUUUCGCGUUUUCUUCCACUAACAAAAAAGCCUUCCACAUCUUGAUUUAUUAACUGACAAAUCGUUGAUUUUUUUUUAGUCAAAUGAAUAUUUGAUUAUCUCAGCUGAUCGAUUUUCAGAGCCUUCACCAGCGCGCCAAGCAGCAAACUCAAGGCGGUUCACCACCAGUUCAGCAAGCCAGAAUACGAGUCGGUAGCCUCGAUUCCACCACCGGAGAUGCUUCCAGUUGAAGUCGCUCAGAUGAACUUUGUGAGACCAUCAGUCGUCUAA